AUGGUAUCUAUAUUAGUUAAUAGUACACCCACUGAGGAGUUUCAACCACAGAAGGGGUUAAGGCAAGGUGACCGUCUAUCUCCAUUUUUGUUCAUUGUUGCAGCUGAAGACCUUAAUCUCUUGUUGGAAAGGGCUAUUGAGAAGGGCCUGACUAAGAGUGCAUCAGGUGGCUCUGAUCAGUUGGAUAUUUCACAUCUUCAAUUUGCAGAUGAUACUAUCAUUUUUUGUGAAGGUGGCAUGGAGGAAGUCUUGAACAUUAAGAGGGUUUUGAGGUGCUUUGAGGUGGGGGUUGUCAAGUCUAUUUCUAAGCUUCAGGCCAAUUUUCUGUGGGGAGGUUCUGCUACCAAUAGGAAAGUGCACAUGGUCAAAUGGAAGGAGGUCGCAAAAAGCAAGAAUCAAGGAGGUUUAGGAGUGAGGGACUUAGGUGUGGUAAAUGAAUGCUUACUGCUGAAGUGGUGGUGGAGGUAUGGCAGUGAUGACAAAGCUCUGUGGAAAUCUGUGUUAUGCUCUAGGUAUGGCAAACUUAGUAGGGGAUGGACAUCUACAUUGAAUCAAUCAGUAGGGGUCUCAAUAGUUUGGAAGGAUAUCUCACAGCUAUCUGUGGCUGAUCAAUUGUUCAGUUUAUCCACAGAGAAUGAGGAUUCUCUGCAGCAGAUCAAAGCAAAGUUUGGUGCCUCAGUAGGUUGGCAACUUCAAUUCAGAAGAAAUCUCUUAGCGUGGGAAGAAGAUGAAUUGCAAAGGCUGUUAGGCAUGUUGGUCUUAUCUCCUUGUCUUAGAGUUGGUGUUGAGGACUCUUGCUCUUGGUUAGCAGAGAAGUCAGGGAAGUUUUCAGUUGCUUCUAUGUGGAGAUGA